AUGCAAGCUCCUGUUGUGUUUAUGAACACUUCUCAAGAGAGAACGACCGGCCGUGAGGCUCAAAUCUCCAACAUAACAGCUGCCAAGGCCGUUGCAGACGUGAUCCGUACGUGCUUGGGCCCCAAAGCAAUGCUGAAGAUGCUGCUUGACCCGAUGGGUGGAUUGGUGUUAACAAAUGAUGGGCAUGCAAUUUUGCGUGAGAUUGACGUUGCGCAUCCUGCGGCAAAGUCAAUGUUGGAGUUGUCUCGGACCCAAGACGAGGAAGUAGGUGAUGGAACCACGACAGUUAUUAUCCUCGCUGGUGAGAUACUUGCACAGUGCGCUCCUUACAUUAUUGAGAAGAAUAUUCAUCCGGUGAUCAUUAUCCAAGCAUUGAAGCGUGCUCUAAGCGAUGCGCUAGAAGUGGUAAAUCAAGUCAGCAAGCCUGUAGACGUGGAAAAUAAUGAAGCUAUGAAGAAGUUGAUCCAAGCCGCAAUCGGUACCAAAUACGUUAGUCAUUGGUCUGAGAAGAUGUGCGACUUAGCUCUUACUGCUGUUAAAACCGUCAGGAUUGAUUUAGGUAUCACUGAAUAUAAUGAGCCCCGGUAUGAAAUCGAUAUCAAGAGGUAUGUUCGCGUUGAAAAGAUACCCGGAGGAGAUGUGCUUGAAUCCCGUGUUUUGAAUGGUGUUAUGCUCAACAAAGAUGUCGUUCAUCCUAAAAUGUCCCGUUACAUCGAAAACCCCCGUGUUGUCCUGUUAGAUUGUCCCCUAGAGUACAAGAAAGGAGAGUCUCAGACAAACAUUGAAGUCACACGCGAGGAGGAUUGGAACCGUAUCCUCCAAAUUGAAGAAGAGCAAGUUCGUUGGAUGUGUGAACAAAUCUUGGCUGUUAAGCCUAACGUUGUUAUUACCGAAAAAGGUGUAUCUGACCUUGCUCAACAUUAUCUUUUGAAAGGUGGUUGCAGUGUUUUAAGACGCACAAAAAAGUCUGACAACAACAGAAUUGCUCGUGUUACCGGUGCUACAAUUGUCAAUAGAGUUGAAGACCUGAAGGAAAGUGACGUAGGGACCAAAUGCGGUGUUUUCAAGGUGGAGUUGAUAGGUGACGAAUACUUCACGUUUUUGGAUGAAUGUCAAGACCCUAAAGCAUGUACUAUUCUUUUAAGAGGAGCAUCCAAAGAUAUCUUGAAUGAAAUUGAGCGUAACUUGCAAGAUGCCAUGGCUGUUGCCAGAAAUGUGAUGCUUUCGCCUUCUUUGUCUCCAGGUGGUGGUGCUACUGAAAUGGCAGUUUCAGUCAAGCUAGCGGAACGUGCUAAACAAUUAGAAGGUAUUCAACAAUGGCCAUAUCAAGCAGUCGCUGAUGCCAUGGAAUGUAUUCCUCAUACUUUGAUUCAAAAUGCAGGUGGGAAUCCAAUUAGAGUACUUUCACAAUUGAGAGCGAAGCAUGCUCAAGGCAACUUCACUUUUGGUAUCAAUGGUGAUGCGGGUACCGUCGUAGACAUGGUCGAGUAUGGUGUCUGGGAGCCUGAGGUAAUCAAGCAGCAAAGUAUCAAAACAGCCAUUGAAAGCGCAUGCUUAUUGUUGAGAGUUGACGACAUCGUUAGCGGCGUUAGAAAGCAAGAAUAA